AUCAAGCUGAUAAGCUACAGUAUAAAUACACACAAGUUCCUCUUCUCCGCAUACAAUGGGAAGCAUUUGCUCUCUGCUCUCCUCCUAGCAUGUUCAUGCAAGACCCGGAGAAGAAACAUUGUCUCUGGCCAAAAGGGGAUUCAUGAAAAGCUUGAAAUGGGCCUGUCCUGUUCUAAAACCCCUAAAGUCCAGCAAGCCCAAAUUCUUCUUCUGGGCCUGGACUCUGCUGGCAAGUCCACUGUCCUCUACAAACUGAAGCUGGCUAAGGACAUUGUGACCAUGCCAACCGUGGGCUUCAACGUGGAGAUGCUGGAGCUGGGCAAGAGCCUGUCCUUCACGGUCUGGGAUGUUGGCGGCCAGGAGAGGAUGAGGGCCGUGUGGGGCUGUUACUGCGAGCGCGCCCACGGGCUGGUGUAUGUGGUGGACAGCACGGACACGCAGCGGCUGGAAGCCUCCAGGAGGGAGUUCGAGCACAUUCUGAAGAAUGAACACAUGAAAAAUGUGCCGGUUGUUCUGUUAGCCAACAAACAAGAUAAGCCGGGGGCUCUGACCGCCGAGGACAUCACGAGGCUGUUCAAGGUGAAGAAACUCUGCAGUGACAGGAACUGGUAUGUGCAGCCCUGCUGUGCCACCACCGGGGAUGGGCUGGCCGAGGGCUUCGGGAAAUUAACCGAAUUCGUGAAGAGCUACAUGAAAUCACGAGCAGACACGUUCCCAUUCUUCAAGCAGAACUGAGGUCCAAGCAGGGGAAGACGAAAUUGAAAGGGUAAUUUUUUUUUUCUCUCCAUGCCGAGUGAGAAAAGAAAGUUGCUGAGAUGGCAAACUUUUUUCCUGAGAUGUUAUUUCACCCAAAUUAAGAUAAACAACUCAUAAUAAUAGCUAUAAAAUAUUACUUUUGGCUAGUCACUUUAGCAGACUAUGGUAAUAAUAAUUGAGAAUGAAAAAUUUACUAUUUUGUGCAUGUUGAGUGGUUCAGAAUAAUUAUAUUUAGGACCAAAUAAAUUAUUACUUUAUUAUUUUUAUAUGACUACUAAGUAAACUGUCUCCUAUAAUAGAGCCAGCAUUCUUUCAGAUUGUUUUCAGCUGUUUCCACCACACUCCUAUGUAAUCGUUGGAUGGUGUAAAAAAAAAAAAUCAACUUUAAAUUAUAGAGAGGAAAGAGUUUGAUGUUACCAUUUUGUAAAUCCCUAUCUAUUCCCUAUAUAAAAUUUCUCUUCUGGAUUCCUGCCAGCUUUUUGAAACCUAUUGCUGGGAACUGUACAGUGAAUCAAACAAUGAACUGGUAAUUUACCAGAGGCUGUGUUCCCUCAGAGGUGGCAGAGUUUGUAUCUUAAAGCUCUGGGGAUCAGGAUAACACCUUAGAGUUUAGGGCAAGGCCUGGGAUUUAGCUGCAGCACCAAGACCGGCUUCAGUAUAAUUUAGCAAAACAAUCAUUACUUGAGAACUAUGAACAGCUCACUGUACUGAUUAAACAGGAACUAGAGCCAGACUUUGCUCUCAGAGACCUUGCAAUUCACAGGGGUAAUGACAUAAAGCUAAUCGCUAGAAGAGGACAAUGAGCGCUAUGUGAUAUAACAGGAGAGACUCUUUCUGACCUGGAAAAACAGGAAGUGCUUCAUGCAGGGAGUGGUAUUUAAGAGGGCACCCAACUCCUGGGGACCCCACAAAGUUACAGGUUAGUCACUGGAAGUUCCCACCAUGAGGAGACUCUGUAGAGAUGCCAUGGGGGGAGGGCAGGAAGAGUGAAGGAACUAGAGAUUGAAUUGGAAUUCCCCUGAGAGGCUCAGAACUCCUAAGGAGGCCCUGGUACUAACUCUUUCCUCCUACCCCACCAUUAACAAGGCUCAUUUGGACUAGAAGAAGGCUUCAGACCUCCAUGGCAGACCCUGGGACUCCACAUCUUAAGGUCACAGAGAGAAACAAAGGUAUAAUAAUAAAAUAAGGGUGCCAGGCCCUAGAUUCCUUUCUUGGUUUUCUUCUCUCAUCUUGGCCAUGAUUUGUUUAGCAAAAGAUCUGAGCAGCUACUUUUGUACUAUGUGGUAGCAAUUCAAAUAAUAAAGUAGGCAUACACAUAAUACUAGUUACCAUUGGUUGAAUACUUGGGUGUGUUCUAAACCCUUUCAUACAUCUUCUCAUUUAAUGUUCAUGACUGCCCUGAGAGGAAUAGGAGUUACCUCAAUAUUACAGAUGAGAGUACUGAGACUAAACAAGGUUAAACAACAACAACCACACACACACACACACACACACACACACAUACACAAAAGACUUAGUAUUUUAACUAAGGAGUGGCAGAGCCAAGAUUCAAACUUAGCUGUGUCUAACUUCAAGACCUGUGCUGUUAAUUGCCAUGAUAUUGUUUUGUAAGUCAGGUUUGGUCUCUGUCUUCAAUGACCUUACAACACACAAUUAAGAAUAAAACCAGGCUAAAUUAAAAAUAGAACUACCAUAUGAUCCAGCAAUCCCACUUUUGGGUAUAUAUUCAAAAAAAUGAAAUUGCUCUCUGGAAGAGAUAUCUCUCCUGUCAUGUUCAGUGCAGCAUUAUUUACAGUAGCCA